GACCUACCCCAUGAUAAAGAUGAGCUUCUCGGGUCCAGUGCCGUGCUGCUCAUAGUACAAAGAAUGGCUCUCAAGCGGACCGCUCUGGCUGCGGAUCUGUGUUACAGGACAAAGACCCCUGCGAACGCAGGUGUCUGGGUCGAAAAGAGUCUGAUAUUCGGGGCCCAAAACCUGGUCGUGCGCAGUUGACAUGGUUGUUCGGGAUCAUGUUAGGGUCUGCAGCUGAGAAAUUGCCGGCGCCACAUCAUACCCGCAUCCCAACCGCAACACAGCACUACGUAGCAGUAUUCCUCCACGGUUCCCAACAUGUCAAGCCAGGAUGCUUGUCGUGUUCCUAUUUCUCACAUUCGCAGCGGCUUACAUACUUUUCGUUGGGUGUCUCUACGAGAACGGCCUGGUGCCAAAGUUAAACGCGGUAUGCGAUGCGCCAGUCGAUGGGGAAUUUAUCCCAACGCGCAUUGCAUACACCAAUAUCCCCGCUCUCGACUCCAACCUCUGUGCCAUCGUUGCAUUUUAUCAUGGCAUGAUGAACCCGACUUACCGACCGCUUCUAAUAUACAUGUGCACCACACUGUCUGUAAUCGCCAUCAUCCCUUUCGCAGAAGCCACUCGCGAAUCUCACUCUAACCGGCUCAAGAUACCAGCAACUAUCGGCAUGCUUGUUCAACUGUGCAGUUGUGCAGUGAUCAUGCCCAUGUAUUGGUUUGCCUUCGUGUUGACUGGUGGCACGACCCGUCGCACUGCAACAUCCGCUAGCAAUAAAAUCAAUCAAGGAAAUGCAGAAGCACUUUUGUUCGCCCUUAUCGUUGGCUAUGCCAUCCCCACCGUUUGCAUGGUGGUUUUGGAAGACCCCAUGGUGACCGCAAUUUGGCAGGCCUUCCCACUUUUGAUGAAAAUCGCCCAGUGGGCGCACUGCAAAAUUCGACCGCCCUCGCGUCACGCAGCAUCGGGACACGGCACUGUUCAAGCCAUGUACAUGCUUGUGUUCAUCGCCUCUGCUUAUUUGCAUGUCCUGUACAUAUGGCCUCUCUUCAACAGUCCAGCGCUAUUCCAAAAGAUUAUAGCUCCCCCUAUGGCACCUUUGGACCCAACAACCACCUCCAUUGCUGAAGGCGUGGCAGCGUUCCUAAAGUGGGACAUGGCAUUUGGGGCGGGCUCGACUAUUCUGGUGACACUGUGGUUCGCCGGAGGUCUAACAGACUUGGUGUUGUUGAUUUUGUGGCAUGUUUGGGCUACUUUUGCAGUGGGACCUGGAGCUGCAAUCGCCGGAGCAAUGAUGUGGAGAGAAGCGAUAAUAAAUCUACAGGCUAUCGCCAAUGCUGCAGACAAAGCUCGAUGAUGGUCAUUCGUUACCCACCCUCUGUAUAUAUAUGCCUUGAUAGGUUCGA